AUGCCUAAGCUAUCAGAAGUGAGCAUAGAACGCAAGCUCGUCGGGUAUAAGAAGGGAAAGGAAAAAGGAAGUCUGGCCCAGUUAACAAGCAGCCCCACUUUGAGGCAUUUGUCCUUCCAGAACAGCACUUUUUGCAGAAUCUUGUUGGAGACCUCGAUCCUACUCCACCCCUUCUUCAUUCUCUUUUCUCUGGCUUUACCAAGGCCAGAAAUGGGAUUGAUUAAAAGGAGGAAGUCGAAUGAUUUGGAUUCGGACAGGCUGUCUCGACAGUUUAGCCGAUUAGUGAAAACCAAAAGGGAACUGGCUAGAUCAAUUACAUCUUCCCUCUCCUCUCCUUUCGCGUCGAGCAUCUUCAAACCUCCUGGACGGGGUUUUGGUCAAUUACAUCGAGCCUUUCGCGUCGACUUGAUGCCCUUUGAACUCCCAACGAACGAAGCGAAGUGA